GCAUUCAGUGUGCACUAGUGCAAACAACCUCUAUUCCAAAUCCUCUAUUAUAAAUAAUCGAACAUCGAUACAUCGUCAUCAUCCUCCAUUGCCGUUUUUACCGAGCGGUCAGUGAGCUGAUUCAGAGUAAUCGGUGCUGGACACACCUACAGAGAGCGAAUUGCGAUUGAUCGGUACUAAUGUAGACAAAUUUCUCGUUGGCGCAAUCCAGUUACAACAAUCGAAAACAAGUAAAAUAUAUUAUCGAUAUACUUGCACUGUGGAACAACGAACCAAAUUGAAUGAGCUUGAAGUUAAUAUUGAGAGAGAAAGAGAGAGAGAGAGAGAGAGAGAGAGAGAGAGAGAGAGAGAGAGAGAAUAAGAGAGUGAGAGAGAGAGAGAAAAAGAAAGAACCAAAUCGAAUUUCCUCGGCUUCAUCGAGUCAGUCAGACGAGACAAGACAAUCAAACUCGAUUCGAAAGGAUAUGUCAAACUAGCUGAAUUGACAUUGAUUAGAUUAGGAAGGGUUAAAUGCGCUUAAUUACGCUGGUUAAUGUCAUAUGUUGUUACAUCUUUCACUUUGUUUAUCUUUGUUGAGUCGAAUAAAGUUUUGUAGUGACUGCAGUGAAAAAUUCAUCAGUUUUUUAAGAACCGACUAGUCAAUGUAAAUGCGAAUGUUACAAAGAAGCCAGUGAGUUAUCUUUUGCAAAUAUGUCAGGAACCCUAAAGCCCUAUCUAACAGCAGUGAGACGUACACUCACUGCUGCUAUGUGCCUGGAGAAUUUUUCUUCUCAAAUAGUAGAAAAACACAACAAGCCUGAAGUGGAAGUAAGAGCGAGCAAAGAAUUGCUUUUAACACCUAUCUUGAUAAGUAGAAAUGAUAAAGAAAAAGUUUUGAUCGAAUCUAGUAUAAACAGUAUGAGAAUAAGCAUUGCUGUGAAACAAGCGGAUGAUUUAGAAAAAAUUCUUUGUCAUAAUUUUACAAGAUUUAUGACAAUGAGAGCUGAACAUUUUAUGAUACUGAGAAGAAAACCUGUAGAGGGUUACGACAUUAGUUUCUUAAUCACUAAUAUUCAUGUUGAGCAAAUGUACAAACACAAGAUAGUUGAUUUUGUUAUCCACUUUAUGGAAGAGAUUGACAGAGAGAUCAGCGAGAUGAAGUUGUCAGUUAAUGCCAGAGCACGUAUAUGUGCAGAGGAAUUUUUGAAAAGGUUCUAACUCUUUAUUACGCAUCAUUAAUGUAUUGAUCAGCAAGAGAGUCCGGAAAUACAUCCAGACAUGAAUACGCUAUUCACCGGCGUCACCGAACAACUUUUAAUAACUGUGAAAAAUUACAAGACGUUUUUAUAAAAUAUUAACGAAGUUUCUUUAUCUAUGUAUCAUUUAGGUUGUUCCAUAUUAAAUGGAUUUGUGCAUAAAACACCGAUGCAACAAAAGA